CUUGAAGGCAAUAUCAGAUGUAACGUUAUAACUCUUGUGCCGCAUACCGUUACCUGUGCCCUGACACACGUUCCGUUGUUGUUACCCGUUGACCUCCAACAUUUUAUUUCCGGGUUAAAGCUAACUUUCCUUGGCGACUUGGGAAAGGACCGAGGUAACGUUACCAACAUUUUGCACACACAGGAGAAAGAACAUGGACUUUUCAGCUCCAUUUCUGACCAGGUAUUGGUCGCAUCUGCUCUCAGCUUUGAUAGGUUUCGUUAUCGUCAAGUUCUUGGCCCAGAGUCUUUUCGGAAAAGAAAGAAAGCGACGUUUGUCUGACGAUCCCGCCCGCCAACUGGACCUGGAUAGAGAUGAGGACCAGGACGAGGUCCAAGGAGUACCGGGAGGUCCUCUAAGUUCUGAAGACACAACAGAGCACAUUCCUUAUCGUCUGAAGAGGUACACAGAGAAGGAAAUGUUCCGAAGAGCGGAGGAGUUUUACAGAAUGAUGGACGAGAGACGGACCGUUAGGUUCUUCAGUGACGAUGCUGUGCCGCUAGGGGUCGUGCAUACACUGAUAAAGACGGCAGGCACAUCACCCAGUGGGGCCCACACCCAGCCAUGGACAUAUGUAAUCGUCCAGGACGUCAACCUGAAACACCAGAUCAGGGAACUUGUGGAGGCAGAGGAGGAGAUCAACUACAGGAAGAGAAUGAGUGCCACUUGGGUCAAAGACCUGGAAAAGUUACGAACGACAUGGGAGAAGCCAUACCUGGACAUAGCACCCUAUCUCAUCAUGGUGUUCAAACAGACAUAUGGGGUCGGACCCAAUGGGGAGCGACUGAACCAUUAUUACAGCGAGAUCAGCAUCUCCAUUUCUGUGGGCAUUCUCCUGGCUGCAAUCCAGAAUGCAGGACUUGUCACAGUCACCAGUACACCCCUGAAUGCAGGCCCUGCGUUACGUACGCUCCUUGGAAGGCCCAUCAACGAGAAGCUUCUGUUACUCCUACCCAUCGGCUAUCCUGCCCACAAUGCCACAGUCCCCGACCUUCAGAGGAAAGACCUCAAGGACAUCAUGGCUGUGAUGUAAUAUGUAGGUGAGGGAUGGCUGAAAAUAGAGUCUGCAGAAUGUUCUGCAAAUCUUUAUUAUCUAGUAGCACUAUUGCUGUGGAUCCUGGUACUAUCGCUGUGAAUAGUACCAGGAAGGUUGAUUUGAAAUAUUUGUUGUUCACAUUUCUGCCAGUAAGGACCAGAGGGACAUAAUGGUUUUGUUGUAAUCUAAAAAAGAGGUCGGGAGCUUAAACAUGGAGUCUGCACAGUGUUAGUUUCUGUAUGUCUGAUUUUACUUCCUCUUGGGCUAUAUUGUCCUUGACUCUAGAUUCAAUUAUGAAGGGUUAAAAGAACAUCAAGAGUAUAUUAGGUCAAGAGAUCUACUACCUUAGAUAAUAUGAAUUAACAUGUUGAUUGGAAGAAAGCUUCUGUACACAAAGAGUGGGAUCUGUCUAUACCCAAGUUCUUGUUGACGAGUAUAACUAUGAUGCAAAGUUUCUGCCCUGAGUUUAUGUUUUGAAACUACAGUAUAUGAUAGUUUCAGAAGUCUUAACUGGUCUUACCAGGCAGAUGACACAAUAGAAGACUCUACAGACAGAUUUAGCACAUAA